ACAGGUGGCCGGCGCGGGUCAUAUGACAGGAGUGGGGCGGGGCUGAGCAGCCGGUGAGGAAGAUGAACGCGGAGCGGGACCUGUCCCCCCUCACCCCGAACAUCGUCCGGGCCCUGACCGACAAGAUGUACGAGAAGAGGAAGGUGGCGGCGCUGGAGAUAGAGAAGUUGGUUCGGGAAUUCGUGGCUCAGAGUAACGCGGCGCAAAUCAAACACGUCAUCCUGAUCCUCUCCCAGGAGUUCGCGCUCUCCCAGCACCCGCACAGCCGCAAGGGCGGGCUCAUCGGAUUGGCCGGGCCCCGGGGGGGAGGGGAAGGGCUGUGA